GAAGGACGAGCUACAUCCGCGGGAGUGAUCCGUGACAAUCGAGGCUUGAGGCGAAGAACAAAUUCCCCACAUUUGACCGAUUUCCCCUUUUGGGUGGUGCCAAAUUUGCUGCAAAUAUCUCGUUUACCCAUUCGCAUUCCGUCUGCAUUAUCAAACUCCGGCCACCUCUCCCCCCACCCCCACUACCGCAAGAAACUCCCGCCCUCUCUGAUCGGCGCCAAUUCCUGUAAUCGAGGAUGGCAGAAGGUGAGGAUAUUCAGCCGCUCGUCUGUGAUAAUGGAACCGGGAUGGUUAAGGCUGGAUUUGCUGGGGACGAUGCUCCAAGGGCAGUGUUUCCGAGUAUUGUGGGCCGCCCACGUCACACUGGUGUGAUGGUUGGUAUGGGCCAGAAGGACGCAUACGUUGGAGACGAGGCCCAGUCCAAAAGAGGAAUACUGACUCUGAAAUACCCGAUCGAGCAUGGUAUAGUUAGCAACUGGGAUGACAUGGAGAAGAUCUGGCACCACACUUUUUACAAUGAGCUCCGAGUUGCUCCAGAGGAGCAUCCGGUUCUUCUCACAGAGGCACCCCUGAAUCCGAAGGCUAAUCGCGAGAAGAUGACCCAGAUAAUGUUCGAGACUUUCAAUACUCCAGCCAUGUAUGUUGCUAUACAGGCUGUUCUCUCACUGUAUGCUAGUGGUCGUACCACUGGUAUCGUUCUCGACUCUGGAGAUGGUGUGAGCCACACUGUCCCAAUCUAUGAGGGGUAUGCCCUUCCACAUGCAAUCCUUCGUCUGGACUUGGCAGGCCGUGACCUCACUGAUGCUCUCAUGAAGAUCCUGACAGAGCGGGGCUACUCCUUCACCACCACAGCAGAGCGUGAAAUUGUGCGUGACAUGAAGGAGAAGCUUGCAUACAUCGCCCUCGACUAUGAGCAGGAGCUGGAGACAGCCAAGACCAGCUCAGCUGUUGAGAAGAGCUAUGAGUUACCUGAUGGUCAGGUUAUCACCAUCGGGGCAGAGAGGUUCCGGUGCCCCGAGGUCCUCUUCCAGCCAUCAAUGAUCGGCAUGGAGUCACCUGGGAUCCAUGAGACUACCUACAACUCCAUCAUGAAGUGCGAUGUAGAUAUCAGGAAGGAUCUGUACGGGAAUAUCGUCCUCAGCGGUGGGUCCACCAUGUUCCCAGGGAUUGCUGACAGAAUGAGCAAGGAAAUCACUGCUUUGGCCCCGAGUAGCAUGAAGAUCAAGGUGGUCGCCCCGCCGGAGAGGAAGUAUAGUGUCUGGAUUGGUGGGUCCAUUCUAGCUUCACUGAGCACUUUCCAGCAGAUGUGGAUUGCUAAGGCAGAGUACGAUGAAUCAGGUCCAUCAAUAGUGCACAGGAAAUGCUUCUAGUUGCGGAGCCACUCUGUUUGGAACUUCCCUUCUGUUGUCGCUGCAGUUCGCAGAAGUCUCAUUUUGGUUACAGUGUUCGGCUAGAAAGAAGAAUGAUGAACUCCUGUUAUAGUUACUUUCGAUACUUUCAUUUCUGUGUCGAGUUUUGACAAUUGAACUAUUCCAUUUGAUGCUAAUGCAAUUUGCUAUGGAACUUGAGUCUCAAUUAAGAGGUAAGGACCCUUCUUGUUGAAAAA